AAGAGAUUGACUUUAAGGAAACCAAAACGGAGUAAGACAAUGGUGGCGACGAAAGACUGCGUGGAGAAAGCCAAACCCACUGCUGGAAACAAGGUAUCCAAACCACUCAUGGAAAAAAAGCGAAGAGCUCGCAUAAACCAGUGUUUAGACCAGUUAAAAUCUCUUCUGGAGAGCUACUAUAGCAGCAGUAUUCGAAAGCGCAAACUGGAAAAGGCCGACAUCUUGGAGCUUACUGUGAAACAUCUAAAGAACCUCCAAAAAAUCCAAAGCUGCGCUGCAUCUUCUUUCGAUGUUUCCGACUACCAAACUGGCUUCCGCAGUUGCCUAGCCAACGUCAACCAGUAUUUGCUGAUGACCGAUAACCUAAACGGGAGCGACCGCUGGAUGUUAUCGCAGCUUUCCAGUAAACUCUGUCGCUCUCGUAGAAGAGGGGAAAUCUCCAGGACCAUGGACAGCGGCCUGGAGCACCCUGAGACUCAGCAUGAGGCGCAGAAAGUUCUUCCAUCGGUAUCUGGAACUGAGGAGAAAAAAACGACCAGAUCUGAAACGCUGAAGGUCCACAGUGCAAGCACGUCUCCCUUUCCACCGACAGAAGAAUCGCGCCGCUUACCUGAAACCAAGCAGGCUGUUUUUUCUGCGGCGCCCACACAAAAUACUAAUAAAAAAUCCUUCAUUCACAUAAAUGAAGGUGCAAGCACUCAGAACAGUGUAUGGCGACCUUGGUAGCCGAUGAAAAGGUGUA